AUGAGUGCGCACUCAUCCUCCUCGGACGAAGCGCCCGUGGGCUUCUAUGCACGCCGCGACGCCGCAUCCUGCGAGCAGCGCCAGGUCCAUCUGCGCCAGAGCUUCGAGCAGACCAUGGCAGCAGCAGCGGCGCGCAUCGCGACUACCACUGCGGCGGCCUUGUGCAGCUCGGCCGCGCCGGCCGCGAGCAGCUCACUGCCCGCAGCGCCGUCCGUGAGAGGCUACGAGCCGGACAUGACGCUCGAGGUGUGCAUUCAGCGUUACAUCGCGAAUCUCUAUGGCUUCCGCGACACGCUCUUCGGACGCGAGCUGCUCCGCAACUGGGCCGUCAAGAACUGCAGCACGGCGGUCGGCGACGUCUAUCCGUCGCGCAUGCACGCCGCCGACUAUCUGGCUUACUCUCAGCGCCGUCCGGACAGCCUCCUGGUCGACGAGCCGUGGACCGCCGUACAGGAUCUCACGGUACAAUACCUGCUCUUGGAGAACACCAGCUUCGAUGCGCCCGACUUCGUAAAGGCGGCAGACAGUCACUCCUGCCUGAACGGACGCACGCUCAUGUGUCUCUUCACUCGUGCACCCAUGAUUGAUGCACGCACAGACGUAGGCAGUGGAGAUCUCCGCGCCGACAUGUGCGCGCUGCUCGCCAAGUCGAGCGAGCAGUCGGACCGCGACGCAGGCGCCUGCAUUCUCGACGGAGGCUCGCUGGAGCCGUACAACCACGGCCGCUCGGGUGUCAUCGCGGCUCUCGACGACGCAUUCGCUGCGCUCUUCCUGAAGCUCGCUCUCGGCGAGAAGCGUGACAAGUGUGCAGCCCAUGCGAUGUCGGACUCGCCGCCGCCGGAGCUGCCCGCCUGGAUGUCUGACACGGUCGCCGGCGCAUACGCCAGACCCAUCUCGCCGCCGCCCGAGCUCUCCGCAGCCAAGUGGGCCUGGGUACGUGUCGAUCGCAACUCUGACUCGCCGCCGCCGCCCGAGCGCUCUUGGGCGGAGGCUACCUCGGUCGCCGCUGGGCUCGCGCUGUUGGACUCGCUGCCUCCGGGCUGGGCGUAG